CGUUAGACAUUAAUUGAUUAUUCACUGACUGAAAUGAUUAAACUCAGUAGCUAUUGUAACUAAAAACUAUUAUCUGUGCGCUGUCUCCCCCUUGUGGACAUGCAGUUACAACACGUCUAAUGUUAAUGGAUUAUCACAUUAGAUUAUCACAUUUUCAGCUAAAUAUUUACAUGAAAAAAGGAGCAGAGCAGGUACGAUACUAUUCAAUAAGAACUACAGGCCUUGUCACCUGCACAUGAAUAUCUAAAUGUCUUGACUUUCACUUGUGCUUCCCAAUUAGUUUGUUGAAUGUGGUUGUGAUGUACAGUAAAAUUUGUAUCUCUUGGGGGCUGCAAUUGCUGCAAGCUGACAACAGUAAGAACUGGAUUUUUCUCGUCCUCUGACUGCUGCUUUACUCUCUCCCUUUCUUUUCUUAAGCUUUUCUUUCUUUUCAGUAAGAUCUUGGCCACGUUACAUCCAGCUGACCAAUAGAAAGGCUUUUGCCUUGGAUUAUGUUGUUAGCACCCCUGGUGUUGUGCCAUUUCUCCAUGGAAACAAUGGAAGUGGCCAAGUAGACACGACCAUGGGGCAAAUUGUUGGCAUUGCACUGGAAUUGGCUGGAAUUUUACUGCAGUGCAUUAUAGUGUAGAUAAGUAGUUUUUCUAAUAAACUGGCCAGUGAGCGUAAUUACUACAUUUAAGUAUUAUUAUUGAACAAAAGUAAAUAUUUUGUUUUGUUGUUUUUAGGUAUUUAAUCUAUAAUAAACACCUUAUAAAUCAACAGCAGCGAGGAACAUUAAGCUUCCAUUUGCUCAGUGCAGGUAACUUGGCAAAAUAGGAGAAAAUGCUUUGGCACGAAACCUUAGUUUUGUGUCUGAUCCUAUUAAAAAUGUUAUAUAGCACUAGAGGGAGAAUAGAUGUCCUGUAAUUAGAUGCAGCUUAUAAAAGCAUAAUAAGCUGUAGUUGAUUGAUUUGUAAUAAUUAUAGUAAUCUAUAAUUACUGGAAUCACAAUUGCAAUUUUCACGUGUGAUGCGUUUUCUAAUAGCAAUUACAACUUUGUCCAUCUGACGGCGCUGUUACCCCCUAGAACUUGAAACUGAUAUUAGUUUUUCUAUUUGUUACAUUAAUUUCACUUAGCGCCAGAUUGUGUUGCAUAUAAAUUAGUUGUUAAAACUAAAUAUGUCUUUGUUUUGUUACAAUUUAAACCAUACCUUUUUAAUGAAAAAAAUGCUCUGGUUGUUACUUUUAUUAUUUUUCUCUUAAUUUUCUAAAGAAAUAAAAACUAAUUUAAACCUAAUAUUGUACCUAAGGGCCACCGUAGUAACUCAAGGCUCCUGCCGCGCGUGUUCUAGUCGCUCGCGCGCGUCCACCCCUCCCUCGGCGCCCCCUCCCUCAGACCGCAGACGGAGAGGUUAGUGUCUCCCGAGCCGCUGCUCGGACUGUGAUGUCGCUCUUUCUGACGGAGAAAGUUUCACAAGGAGAGACGCGCCGUCCUCAGCUGUAAAUCAGCACCUACUCAUUAUAUCGCCUAGAAAUAAAGCGGCGAUAGUUGGCUUGUUUUAACUGGGGACGAUGGCGCAGUGGACGAUCCUGGUGCUUUCUCUAUGCGGGGUUCUGCACGGACAAGGGAUCCGACCUCCUACUGUACCAGAGUGCUGUCAGGAUGGCAGGACUCGGGCCUCUAGAGGACAAGACUGCUCGGUCCUCCCGCUGAUCUCCUCCUCGCAGACAUGCAGGAUCAGCCAGGAGCAGUGCUGCGCGGCGGCGGCGGAGGACGACCUCUGCGACAGCGGCGUCGCCGUGGGCCUCGCAACAGGAGAAUGCGAGCAGGCCUUCGUCCGGAGCGAGCCCUGCCGGAGUCUCGUUUCCAAGAGGUGCUGCGACUGCUGCCUGCUGGGCCUGAUGGAGGCCAAGCGGGGCUCCAGCUGUGAGUUCCAGGGCCUGACGCUGGGGGGGCUGUGCGCAGACACGGCCAAGACCUGCUGCAGCAGGAACACGGCAGACGAAGCCACAGCUGUGACGGAACCGCCUCAAGCCAGCGCUGCGGCCCAUCCCCCGAUGGAACCGGACAGCUGUAGAGCCUCCAACUGCUCGCAGCUGUGCGUGGGGCGCGGGACGUGCGCCUGCCGCGACGGCCAUCGGCUGCGGGAGGACGGCGUGACCUGUGAGGAUGUGAACGAGUGUCUGACUGGCAGCCACGACUGCGUCCUGGGCCAGGUUUGCAUUAACACGCCGGGCUCGUUCCGCUGUCAGAGGGAGGUCGGCUGUGGCACCGGGUACGAGCUCUGGGACGACAACAGCUGCCAAGACAUUGAUGAGUGCUCCACGGGGCUCCAUAAUUGUGGACCAGACUUCACGUGCACCAACACAGAGGGCUCCUUCCGCUGCCUCCCAAAGCAGACGUGCAGCGCCGGCUUCACUCAGGACGCCGUCGGCACUUGCAUCGACAUAAACGAGUGCGUGGUCCUCCCGAGCCCGUGCCCUCCCGUCCACGCGUGCGUCAACACGGCGGGGUCCUACGCCUGUCGCCGCAACGUGGUGACCUGUGGGCGGGGCUACCGCCUCACCGAGGACGCCACGCGCUGCGAAGAUGUGGACGAGUGUCGCGAGAGGAACACGUGCGGCGACCACGGCUGCGUGAACCUCGUGGGAUCGCACCGCUGCGAGUGCCGGACCGGCUUCAUCUUCAACAGCAUCACCAAGCUGUGCGAAGACAUCAACGAGUGCCGGUACUACCCAGGGCGGCUCUGCGCCCACAGGUGUGAGAACACGGAGGGGUCCUACCGCUGCAGCUGCACCACGGGGUUCAAACUGUCCAGCGAUGGUCGAAACUGUGAAGAUGUCAAUGAGUGUGACGACCAGCCUUGCAGCCAGGAGUGUGCCAACGUGUACGGCUCCUUCCAGUGUUACUGUCGCCGUGGCUACCAGCUGAGCGACGCCGACGGGAUUACGUGCGAAGAUAUCGACGAGUGCGCUCUGCCCGCCGGAGGCCACGUGUGCUCCCACCGCUGCGCCAACUCACCGGGGAGCUUCCACUGCACCUGCCCGCCCUCUGGCUACAUGCUGGCCCCCAACGGGCGCACGUGUCAAGAUGUGGAUGAAUGUGCAGCAGGGGUUCACACCUGCUCGGCCUCCGAGACCUGCUUCAAUGUCCACGGAGGAUUCCGCUGCCUGUCCUUCAAAUGUCCUCCAAACUUCCGACAAGCGGCACACGGCCGUUGUGAGCGCAUGGCUUGUAAGUUCACGCAGGACCCGGCGUCGUGCUUGUCGCUCCCCCUGAGAGUCUCCUUCUACAACAUCACCUUCACCACAAACACGCCCGUCCCCGCCGACGUUUUCCGCAUGGGGCCCUCCAAUUCGGUGCCGGGGGACGACAUGGUCUUCAGCCUGGUGUCCGGCGAUGAGGAGGGAUACUUCACGGUGCAGCAGCAGGCUCAUGGAGGGGUGGUGUCACUGCAGCGCGCCCUGUCGGUGGCCCGGGACUUCCUCCUGACUGUGGAGAUGAGACUGAUUCGCUACGGAACCGAACACGUUUACGUGGCCAAGGUCGCUGUGUUCAUCACACACGAGCAGCCCAUCGUGUCAGGAUGAACCCAGCCGGGGACUCCUUAGCAUUCCUGCCAGGCCACGCCCCCUUCCUCAUUUCCCCUCUGGUCCCAAUCACCUGGUCAUCUGUCAGCUGCAGAUGCCGGUGCCUUCACUUUCUGGUUUGUCUAGAGGUGUGCUCUUUCUUUAUGUCACUUCACCGAGGCCCCUGUCUACAGAAUCCAUUUAACAGUCGCACCAGGACCAGUUUAGCUGUGCUUUAGAUUUCUGGUCUUGCUGUAUGCUAAAAGGGGACUAAAUAGUUUACAGUAUAAAAGAGGACAGAAAACAUCAAGUCAGGAGAACUUAAAGCAGACACAUUCACAAGUAAGCAUUCUGUCUCUGUUCCACUUCAUUGUCAAUUCUCUACAGUGUUUAAUGUGAAUAUUGCUACAGAAUAAAAGCUUUCAGUCCUAGUUUUGAUUCACCUCAACACACACACACACACAUACACACACACACACACACACACUAUACCUGUAUAUAAUACAAUACAAUACCUGGACUGGACCUGGAAAGCAAAAGUUCACCUUGAAUGAUUCUCGGGCGAUGGGUAAAUGGAUUACAUAGACAUCAUUGUGUCAAUGUGUGGCAAUGUGAUAUGAUGAAGAGCAGACUUCUCCUGGUCACAUCUACACUUCCAUAUUAGAAGGAAUGCAUCAUAACAAUUGCAAAAUAUUUCUUUAAGUGAUUAGUAAAAACCUUGUAUAAAUAUAUUUUCCUGUGGGUUGUCUACUUUAAGAAUAAAUAAGAACAGGCAAAUGUACUGUCUACUGUAAGGCUGCUUUUUCAUCUGCUGAGAUGCGUGCAGUUUACACCGCUACCACUAGAUGGCGGUCGUUAGCUGCAGCUGAUGUGGGACCCGUGUCAGCGUUUCUCACUUGGAUUAAUGAUGAUGAUUGAUGAACCUGACGUCCCAGCGGCAGCGUCUCAUGAUGUGUACUCUCUGCAUGUUUGAAAUUAAAACAUGACAGUGAUCACAGUGAUAACAAAAA